GGAAGAAUCUGCGGCACCGCUGGGACAGCAUCCGCGCGCAGCGGGAGCAGCGGGCUCUGUGGCGGGCGAUGAGGCGAGCCGGGGCGUUUGGGGGCUGCACGGCCCUGUGGGUGCUGCUGGCCGCCCGCGUGGCGGCGGCGUUCGAGCCCGUGAGCGUGACCAUCGCCAUCGGGGCCGUGUCGGCGCUCACGGGCUACCUGUACAACACCGACUUGUACUGCCGCUUCACCGAGUGCUGCCACGAGGAGCGGCCCCUCAACGCGUCGGCCCUCAAGCUGGACUUGGAAGAGAAGCUGUUUGGACAGCACCUCGCCACUGAAGUGAUUCUCAAGGCACUGACUGGCUUCAGAAACAACAGGAAUCCCAAGAAACCACUGACUCUGUCCUUGCACGGCUGGGCUGGCACGGGCAAGAAUUUUGUCAGCCAGAUUGUGGCUGAAAACCUCCAUCCAAAAGGCCUGAAGAGUAGCUUUGUCCACCUCUUCGUCUCUACUCUGCACUUCCCUCAUGAGCAGAAGAUAAAACUGUAUCAGGACCAGCUCCAGAAGUGGAUCCGAGGCAAUGUGAGCGCCUGCGGCAGCUCCGUCUUCAUCUUUGACGAGAUGGAUAAAUUGCACCCUGGGAUCAUUGACUCUAUCAAGCCCUUCCUAGACUACUAUGAGCAGGUGGAUGGGAUUUCCUACCGCAAAGCCAUCUUCAUCUUCCUCAGCAAUGCAGGAGGGGACCUGAUAACUAAGACGGCCCUGGACUUCUGGCGGGCAGGAAGAAAGAGGGAGGAGAUCCAGCUGAAGGACCUGGAGCCCGUGCUGUCUGUGGGCGUCUUCAACAACAAGCACAGUGGCCUGUGGCACAGUGGGCUGAUAGACAGAAACCUCAUCGACUACUUUAUCCCCUUCCUGCCCUUGGAGUACAGACACGUGAAAAUGUGUGUGCGGGCAGAGAUGAGGGCUCGCGGGGCUGCUGUUGAUGAAGACAUUGUCACCAGUGUGGCAGACGAAAUGACGUUUUUCCCCAAGGACGAGAAGAUCUACUCAGACAAGGGCUGCAAGACUGUGCAAUCACGGCUAGAUUUCCACUGAGCUCUUCGCCCAGCCGGGUAGAAGAUCCUUGGGGCCUCCUGCCCCCACCAGGGUCUUGCCUUGUAGAAGCACUUUGAAGAUGCCCUUCGGGCUUUGCACAUUUGCACCUGUGGACUCAGGAUGCUGUCAAAGCAGCGUCUAGAGAUGAACUUCUAGAAACCUCACACUGUUACUGUGAAUCAAGUGCCUAGAAACAUCUAAACACAGGAGGCCAAAGGUCAAAGGUCCUGUUGUGGCCAGGACCGCCCAUGCCUCACUUGCCACUAACUGAGGCUACAGUACCCCACCUCUUUCUUUCCCCUUUUUCUACCCUGAGCUGGUACUCACUGACAGUUCUCAGAAGCUGAUGGCGUUGACAGAUGCUCACUGGUGGAGGGGAGCACGUGGACUUGACGUUGGCUGGGCUGUCGGCGGGAGCAGGGGCAGCCUUGGAACCCAUACCUUACCCUCGCUGCUGCUCACAGCUCUGGCUGUAGAAUCCCGUCUCCCAUUGUGUGUGGGCUGCAGCCUGCCUUGUACCUUGUCUUCUCAGCUGUUAGACUCACACAUCAGAAUGGGCUGUCAUCUUUGAAGGAGGUAUUUGGCUCCUGUUUGCCUGUUACACUUGCUCUGAAGGGCAAGGUCAGGUGUGCAGAACCAAUAGCAUGCAUAGGAAGAGUUAAAUUCUAGGCCAGGGCUGACCAGGCCAAACCCCACGGGAAGAUGCAGGUUUGCUGCACACCAGAGAUACCGAUUUUUUUUUUUUUAAGGGCAAGCAUAUAUUUAAAACAGGGUUUAUAAAACCUAGGAUGUGGUGGCACACGCCUUUAAUCCCAGCACUCAGGAGGCAGAGACAGGUGGAUCUUUGUGAGUGCUAGGCUAGCCUUGUCUACAAAGAGAGUUCAGGACAGCCAAGGGUAUACAGAGAAACCUUGUCUUGAAAAAUAAAAACCUAGGAAGGACAUAAAUAGAAUAAUGCUUAUUCUCAGGUGUUUAUUAUUGCUGGGUUUGGGGGCACAGUGCCCAUGACCCAGCAGAAAGAUCAGGAUUCAGGGUUCCUCAGCUAUCCUUUGAGUUUGAGGACAGCCUGAGCUACGUGAAACUCUCAAAAGAAAAAAAGGGCUUUAUUGCUAAAUGUGUAGAGAGUGGAACUACAUGGGUACAGUUUCAGACCCCACAAAGUCCUCAGUUUGUGGCGGGUCCCGGGUGUAAUCUCGGGAUGCCUUUUGAGUGGCAGUGCCGGCCGGGCUGCUCUGACUGUAGGGAGGUGAGCCUGCGAUUCCAGCCGUUCGAACCCUGUCCCAGCUGCGGUGCAGCUGCAGACAGAGACUGUGCCAUAUUUUUAUGGGCUGUAGUAGAAUGACUAAUUUUAUAACCCGGGAAUGACAUAUUCACAUUUAGUGUCUUUUAAAUGCCAAGGUAAGCCGGGUGUGGUGGUCACACCUUUGGUUCCAGUACCUCGGAGGCCACGGUAGGACUCUCAAGUUUGAGGCCAGCCUAGGCCACACAGUGAAUCUAGGCCCAGUAACCCUCGCACUUAGGAAGCUGAGUUUAAAGUCAGCCAAGUUACAGAGACCCUGUCUCAAAGCACAAAGCAAACAAAAACCUGCCAAGUGAGGCCGAGUUUCAUUAUUCUUGGAUUGGAGCCAAGUUACCGUUCAUAACCUAUUGGGCGCCUGGUCAAGAAGAAACAAGCCUUUCUGUUUACAAUGAUGUAAUAUGUGGACACGUGUUGGCCACCUUUGGACUGCUGUUACUGACCUGUCACUCUGAAAGGCCUGGUCUGGCCUGCCCCAGCCUCCCUAACCUGCCUGUGAGAAGGCACAGACAGCUGGAUACAGAAUAAAGCCAGUGUAGUGUACUGUGA